UGACAACAAGCAAAUGGAUUCCAAUUUGGGACCCAAAUUCGAAUUGAUUAUGCCGUCCAAUUUCACAUGACGCCGGAGUAGCUGUCUUCUCGCCGUCAAAUUCCCCUAUUUUUCUCCGGCGUAAUUGAACUACAGUUUACUGAAAAGUUAGAUAACAUGGGUGAUGCAAUUGAUUUAACUGGAGAUGGAGGUGUUAUGAAAAAAAUAGUGCAACGUCCGAAACCUGAUGCAAUUGCUCCCUCAGAGAGUCUUCCUCUUGUUGAUGUUCAUUAUGAAGGCACUCUUGCUGAGACCGGUGAAGUAUUUGAUACUACCCGUGAAGAUAAUACAAUUUUCUCCUUUGAGAUUGGUACUGGUUCUGUUAUUAAGGCUUGGGACGUUGCACUGAGGACCAUGAAGGUUGGGGAAGUAGCUGUAAUUACCUGCAAGCCAGAGUAUGCCUAUGGUAGUGCAGGAUCCCCACCGGAUAUUCCCCCCGAUGCAACCCUUGUUUUUGAGGUGGAGCUCGUGGCUUGUAGACCACGUAAAGGUUCUAGUAUCAGCAGUGUUUCAGAUGAAAGGGCUAGGCUGGAGGAGCUAAAGAAGCAAAGAGAUAUGGCAGCUGCAGCUAAGGAGGAGGAGAAGAAGAAGAGAGAAGAAGCAAAGGCAGCGGCAGCUGCUCGUAUCCAAGCCAAACUUGAAGCAAAGAAAGGAAAAGGAAAGGGCAAAGCAAAGUAAAACCCGAUAUGUAUUAUAUGAUAUAUACGUAUAGACCGACGAAUAGGACAUGGUAUCUAGAUCUUAGUAUACCAGAUGUUUAAAUAUGCUAAACUUGUAAGCUUUAUCAUUUCCUUGAUCGAGAAGUAUUUCUAUGCUUUCAAGUUGUUAAAUCUUUUGGCAUCUCUCCAUAGUUUAUACAGGAAGGAUAUUUGGUUAA